AUUUAAGACAGAAAGUAUGUAUUCCAUUCAAAUAACUGUUAGAUUUUUGAAGGUUACUUAGCCUAUAGCUUGUAUUAUAAGUUAGUCAAUAAAUCCCCAAUAUCAAUUCAUACGAAAGUAAGCCUUAAACUACACAAAGAGUUAGAACUUAUAUUGUUAGAAGUCCAUCUCACCAAGUCAUCAUUCAAAGGUCAACAGUCAAUCGUUUUUAUGGAUCAAAUUUUCAAAGAAUUACAAAUAUUAGUCACCUUCUCCCUUCACAUUCUGAGAAAACAAAGCUCAUACAUCAACUGAAAUGCAUAUAAAUUUGCAUAGUUCCAAGUUUCUCCAACAUUUCUUCACUCAAAUCUCUCCCCGUCAUCUCCCGUCUUCGAAUCGAGCCAUGAAUUGGGACGGAGACCAACACGACGCCACCAAAAGAAUCACCUAUGAACUUAACAGCAAGAUCAUGGUAACAGCUAUACUAUCCCUCUGCUUCGUUAUCCUCCUAGUAACACUUCUUCACAUUUAUGCUAGAUGUGUCCUACGCCACCCACGCCGUAACCCCACCUUAACCUUCAUCCACCCUGACCUGGUGCAGCUCAGUGAUUCCCCAACAGCAAAAUCCGGACUUGAUCCAACAGCCAUCAGUUUGCUACCAUCAACUCUGUUCAAGCAGAUGGAAAAUGACGACGAACACAUUGAAUGCUCUGUGUGUUUAAGCAUAUUGGAGGAGGAUCAGCAAGUUAGGCGUCUACCCAACUGCAAUCAUGUAUUCCAUACGUCGUGCAUCGAUCAGUGGCUCAGUGGCCAAGCAACGUGCCCGAUUUGUCGGUCUGAAGUGUCUCCUCAAUUAACCCUGCUAGACCGAGAACCUCCCAUUGUCAGUGACCUGACCGAGGUAGUGGUUGUUACUUCAGAAGGUCUUGAACAUAAUAUUCAGGAUGUGAUAAGCUCAGGCAAUAAUAGUAAUAAUCCUAGCAAGAUUAUUAAUGCUGGAAGCGGAUCAUCAUCGUCAAGCUUUCGAAUGAGCUCUUUUAGGAAGAUCAUUAGUAGGGAAAGAUCAUUAUCUUCAAGCAGAAUGCAAGUUUUUGAAGAAAUUGAUCCACAGAAUCAAGUUCAGCAAUGAUCUCUGACAUUUUGCAGAAAUUCUAUUCGUUUAAUAUUAGUGUAUAGGCAUACAUUAUAAACAAUAGUAUCAUUAUUUAAUAUAUUUUGUAUGAGAUUCAACUCAAAAAAACAAAAAAAAAACAAAAAAAAACAAAAAAAAACAAAAAAAGAGUCAGAACAUGAAAAGAGUUUUUCAAUGUAGUUGUUUAAUUAAGUAUAAACAUAAGCAUACAUUUUCAAUUUUGUCUUGACCAAAAGAUAAGUAGAAUUUUGUACACUUAUUUGGUAAACUAAUUUAAUCAAAGUUUAUGUUUUUCUAGGGGUUAGUAUAAAUUCGAUUGAUUAAUUAUUAAAUCUUCAAAUCACAACCUUAACAAUCCUAUUGACUUAAUUCCCUAUUUUUUUCCUUUAUUUGUUUUUUAUUUAUUUAUUUAUUCCUGGAGCAAUAAAGAAUCAACUGCUAAUUGUUUUUUUAUCCAGCUGUCCAAGGUUACCAAAUAUAAUUGGCAUUUUGUCAAUAACGUAAAACAGCUGAUAUCUUUUCUUUCACACUUAGAAUGUCUUUUAAUCAGCCAAUUAUAUCAAUUGUUUGUUGAUUAAAUUUUAAUAGUUUGCUUGCUUUAGUUUAUAACACUAAAGAGAAACUGAGAGAGCUCUUGCUACAAGUAUCAGUUUAUAUAAUUAGUAGU